AUGUGCUCAGACAAAUCUUAUUACUCAGGAGGAGAGCAGACUAGAAAUGUUGUGUUGAAUAAGAGACUUCUGAAGACAGUGAGAGAUAUAAUCAGAAUCAAUGAUGAACUCAUGACAAUCAGUCCCCAGUAUAAAGAGAGAGAGCAGCUUUUUAUGGUCUCAGCACAGUGUGGCAGUCCUGUGAUGGUCCAAUAUCGCACGAAUGCUGGUAGACGUAGAGCAGGCUGUGUUCAUAGCAAUCCACUAGAUCGUGAUGCAAAGCAGAAUGCAUUUGUUGACAUUUUAGCUCUGCCUCAGCCAUUGAAAGAUCUGAAAGAUGGAACAAUCUGCAAUGUAGCAGGAUGGGGAAAGACCAGUAAAUUCUCUCCUAAACUUUCUGACAAACUUAGAGGAGUGAAUGUUAUUGUUAUUCACAGAGCAAUAUGCAACAGUCCAAAACAUUGGAAUCUUCAUCCAGCAGUAACACAAAAUAUGUUAUGUGCAGGCGACAAAAAGGGAAAACAAGACGCAUGCACUGUGGAUACUGGAGGUCCCUUGGUAUGUAGUGGAAUGCUAAGAGGAAUCACUUCAGUAACUGCAUGUGGCUCAACUAAAAAACCAACCAUCUACACAUUUCUCGGGAAGAAACUUAUAUCCUGGAUUCAGGAAACUCUAAGUGCUUACUGA